AUGCGAUCCAACGCUGGGCGCCGAACAAGGCUGAGAGCUCCCCGCCGACGGGCUUCAAGAGGCGCAGCGGUCCUGGCGGAAUGGCUGCAGCUGCACGCACUCGUCUUUCUGGCCCCGGGCGUCUCUCACACUCGAAUGUGCGGCUCGGAUCAGGGCAGGCAGGGACGCUUCGUCGUGGCUGCUGUCUUCUCCAGCAGCGGUGCUGUGCACUGGAGGGGUAAACAAGCGGCGGGUCAUUGUCAAACCGGUGAACCUCAGCACCACCAACCCGCCAUUCACAGGGCCCACAACCCGCCACCCUCGCCCAGGGUGCAGGCGCUGUCAAACCCGAGCCCGCAGCAACAACAAAGACCUGGAGGAUUCAUGAUGCAUUGUGUUUGCGCCACGUGCCGGCAAAUGACGCGUAUUCGCACCGUCACGCCGCCAGAGGCCUCCUCGAGGACGACACCAGUUCUGCGGGACUUCGGUGCCUCUCUGUGCCAGGCUGCUGGCUCCUUCACUGCGUCCAGCGAUGCCCAAAGCGGUGCGCACCCCUGGCUUGGCUCACAUCAGCUCAUCAACUCCACUAGACGUAUGGGGCAAGACGCCGCGGAUGGCUGGACUAAGCGAACGACGUCGCUUGAAAGGAACUUGACUUCUUCAUCAUACAUGAUCGACUGA